UCCCUGUCAUUAUGUAUAUAGGAAUGAAGCCCGGAAGAUAAAACUGCUUCCUUGCCCACUAAAAACACCUGCCUAGCUAGGGAGUCACUUGCGGAUUUCUCCCACGACUUCCCCUCAACGAGCUCCACCCAUAGGGACAAUAGCCUGAGCUUGCUGGAGAAUAUAAGUCCCAGCCUGCUUCGGCCUGCUAAAGACUUAGUUAUAUAUUCCAGACAGUCAAUCUCACCGAGUCGAGAUUCCAUUUCUGCCGAAGAAGCGGCCACACCAUUUAAGUAGCGAUUCUUGAGCACCCACGGGGCCCCGCACGAGACCAGUUAAUGACAAGUCUAGUCGCAAUGAGAGAGACUGAGGAAUUCGCUCUUCCAGUGUCGCGGAUGUCGGCUAGUGGUGAGCGAGAUGCUUUCGACGUCGAACAAAGUGUCGCCGAUGCGGGGCAGAUUGAUUCGAGGCAGAUAGAAUCGAAAAGGACAAAGCUGUGCGUACUCAUAGGCUCUGGCAUACUCCAGCUCCCAAUAUGGGGCUUUGCUAUGAGCUACGGUGUAUUCCAGGAAUAUUACUUCGACAACUGGACGUUGGAAGGAGACCGCAACAUCACUGGCGUCAUUGGCACGACCGCUAAUGGUGUUAUGUACCUAUCUAUGCCCCUGCUAUUCGCGCUAUUCACCAGACGAUGGGCUCAUCGGCGCCAGCUUGCUGCUCUUUGUGGCACUGUGAUCGCAUGCGCCAGUUUCUUUCUGUCCUCUUACAGCACUACCAUCUGGCACUUGCUCGCGACCCAGGGCAUCGCAUCUGCGCUGGGGUGUACCCUCAUCUAUAGCCCAACUACGCUGUCUCUCGGAGAGUGGUAUACUACCAGCAACCGUGCUUUGGCAUACGGAAUUGUCCUGUCUUGCAAGAACAUCGUCGGCACCAGCUGCCCAUUUAUGCUUCGAGCUUUUAUUGAUGCCUAUGGCUAUCAGACUGCUCUGAAAGCCUGGACAGCGAUCGUUGGUGGAACGAGUAUCCUUGCUAUCUUCUUGAUACCAACCCACCCUUCGAAACUCUCGAUCCAUGCAACUCGAGCGCGCAAAAUUCCGUGGCAAUUCCUAAGAUGCCGAUCUAUCUACUUCUACAGCAUCGCCAUUAUCUUCCAAAGCUCUGGUUAUGGUAUUCCGCAGACGUAUUUGAGCACCUACGCCCGAGUCGCCCUCUUGUUGUCUCAGACGUCAGGCACCCUGAUGCUGGCUCUCUUCAAUGCGCCCGGCAUUAUUGCUUCUUCCUUCUUUGGAUGGCUGAGCGACAAUAAGCGAAUCCCUCUUUCAGCCCAGUCCGUAUCCGCUAUUCCACCUAUCUGCUCCGCCGUUGUCACCUUCCUUCUAUGGGGCUUGACUACGCAGGGCGAUAUCGCCCUUCUCAUAGUCUUCUCCAUGACAUUUGGUUUCUUCUCCGGCGGCUAUAGCGCUACCUGGGGAGGGAUGCUCAAACAGAUGGAGCGCGAGUCUGCCGAGAGAAACGAGGCUAUUGAUCCUGGUAUGAUAUACGGUCUGCUUAAUGGUGUCAGAGGAAUCGGAUAUGCAAGCGGAGGGAUUGCAGGUGUGAAACUACUAAACGCUGGAACUCUAUCGGCCAGCCAGCGUUUUGGUUAUGGGACCUCUUACGGGCCUCUUAUUGUAUUUACAGGGCUUUCCUCGCUUCUUGGGGGCUGGGUCAUUCUAUGGAGGUGGAAUCCGAAGAGAUUCUUGCCAUGAGUAUCGCAAGCGUACCUAAGGUGCUCUUGCAAUGCCGUUGCAUUUCAUAUCUCGCUUGGUCGAACCGCCUCCGUCUAUAAAACUCUUAAGGGCUGCCUAGAACAUGAGUACCUAUGUACAUGACUCGGUAAACGGCCCAGAGAAAGACAUGGAAGCAUCUCAUGUAGGAUUGAAAUAUAAUUCUGCCCCAGUGUAAAUCAAGCACAUACGACCAUAGGGUGUGGAAAACAGGGCUUCCCGUCCGCUCAGCCGUACUUAAGCCACACGCCGGCAGGUUAGUAGUUGGGUGGGUGACCACCAGCGAAUCCCUGCUGUUGUAUGUUUUUGAUUUUUUUUAUAUAUGUUUUUGUGU